ACAAGCCUGGCAGAACAGAAAUAGGAAAACUCAGAGGAGACCGGGGCAAUAACUUUACUGUAAUUGCCAAUUUUAGCAACAUUGCUGGCUAAUCCAGAAGUAGUCUGGUCUGGAUAAAUUAGGACUAUUUGACCUUAAGAAGCUAGAAAGGGGAGUUGAUUUUUUUGUUUUUUUUUAAAGCUAGGGAGGCAUGCCAUAACUGUCUCCCCAUUGGAAUGGCAUCUCUAGAGCCAAUAGAACCACCCCCUCCCCCCUCCCAAAGAGUGCGGCUCGGAUGGAAAGGCAGUUAUGUGACAGUUGGGAAGUAGAAGGCCCAGACGGCAGAUAUAGCCCAACACAAAGAACUUUCUGAUCACUGUAUCCGCUGAAAGAUGAACUGGGCUGCCUUUGGAGGGCCUGAGUUCUUCAUCCCGGGAGGUGUUCAGGUGGAGGCGAGUUGCCCACUGAGCAGAAACUUCACAGAAUGGUACCAUUACUAUGGCAUAGCGGUGAAGGAAAGCUCCCAAUAUUAUGAUGUGAUGUAUUCCAAGAAAGGAGCUGCCUGGGUGAGCGAGACGGGCAAGAAGGAAGUGAGCAAGCAGACAGUGGCAUAUUCACCACGGUCCAAACUUGGAACAUUGCUGCCAGAGUUUCCAAAUGUCAAAGACCUAAAUUUGCCAUCCAGUCUGCCUGAGGAGAAGGUUUCUACCUUUAUUAUGAUGUACAGAACACACUGUCAGAGAAUACUGGACACUGUAAUAAGAGCCAACUUUGAUGAGGUUCAAAGUUUCCUUCUGCACUUUUGGCAAGGAAUGCCACCCCACAUGCUGCCCGUACUGGGAUCCUCCACGGUGGUGAACAUCGUCGGCGUGUGCGACUCGAUCCUCUAUAAGGCCAUCUCCGGGGUGCUCAUGCCCACCGUGCUGCAGGCGUUACCUGACAGCUUAACUCAGGUGAUUCGAAAGUUUGCCAAACAACUGGACGAGUGGCUGAAAGUGGCCCUCCACGACCUCCCCGAGAAUCUACGAAACAUCAAAUUUGAAUUGUCCAGAAGGUUCUCCCAAAUUCUGAGACGGCAAACCUCGCUGAACCAUCUCUGCCAGGCAUCUCGCACGGUGAUCCACAGUGCCGACAUCACGUUCCAGAUGCUGGAGGACUGGAGGAACGUGGACCUGAGCAGUAUCACCAAGCAAACCCUCUACACCAUGGAGGACUCUCGAGACGAACACCGAAAGCUCAUCAUCCAGCUAUAUCAAGAGUUUGACCACCUCUUGGAGGAACAGUCACCCAUCGAGUCCUACAUCGAGUGGUUGGACACCAUGGUGGACCGAUGCGUUGUGAAGGUAGCUGCCAAGAGACAAGGGUCCUUGAAGAAAGUAGCCCAGCAGUUCCUCUUGAUGUGGUCCUGUUUUGGUACAAGGGUGAUCCGGGACAUGACCUUGCAUAGCGCCCCCAGCUUUGGAUCCUUUCACCUAAUUCACUUGAUGUUCGACGACUACGUGCUCUACCUACUAGAAUCUCUGCACUGUCAGGAGCGGGCCAACGAACUCAUGCGAGCCAUGAAGGGCGAAGGAAGCACUGCAGAAGUCCAAGAGGAGAUUAUCUUGACAGAGGCUGCUCCCCCAACCCCAUCCCCAGUGCCAUCAUUUUCUCCAGCAAAAUCGGCCGCAUCUGUGGAGGUGCCACCUCCCUCCUCCCCUGCCAGCAACCCGUCCCCCGAGUACACUGGCCUCAGCACUACAGGAGCAAUGCAGUCCUACACGUGGUCUCUCACAUACACGGUGACGACAGCUGCUGGGUCCCCAGCUGACAACUCCCAACAGCUGCCCUGCAUGAGGAGCACCCACGUGCCUUCGUCCUCCGUCACGCACAGGAUUCCAGUCUACCCCCACAGAGAGGAGCACGGGUACACGGGAAGCUAUAACUAUGGGAGCUAUGGCAACCAGCACCCUCACCCAAUGCAGAGCCAGUAUCCGGCCCUCCCUCACGACACGGCCAUCUCUGGCCCACUCCACUACUCCCCUUACCACAGGAGCUCUGCACAGUACCCUUUUAAUAGCCCCACUACCCGGAUGGAACCCUGUUUGAUGAGCAGUACUCCCAGGCUGCAUCCUACCCCGGUCACUCCCCGAUGGCCAGAGGUGCCCACGGCCAACACGUGCUACGCAAGCCCGUCUGUGCAUUCCACGAGGUAUGGAAACUCUAGUGACAUGUACACACCCCUGACCACGCGCAGGAAUUCCGAGUAUGAGCACAUGCAACACUUUCCUGGCUUUGCUUACAUCAACGGAGAGGCCUCCACAGGAUGGGCUAAAUGACUGCUAUCAUAGGAAUCCAUAUUUAAUAUUAAUAAUUAAUAUUAAUAAUAAACCCAAUACCCUCCCUCCAGAAGACUUUAUCUCUAUACAUCAUAACUCAUGGGCUGUUCCCAGACAUCCAUUUUUUUCCUCAUGGAAGGGAGGAUGUUCAAUAUGGGAUGAAUAAACUUUAGUUCAGAAACAAGACUUACUAAAAGUCAGUGGGACUGGGUUCCCAUAAGCCAAGCCAGACUGGAUUGUUUGUAUAGAGCACUAUCUUGGGCAGGCCAAUCUGUGCCUUUUCCCUCUGUUCCAUGACUUUGUGCUGGCAACCAUUCCCUAUAGGCAAUUUAUUUCUCCCCUUGACAAAAGCUCUUUAGUCUUGAAGGAAGGAUAGACACUGGAAAAGGAAUCUGGUUUGUGUUCUCGGACGGGCACAUAAUUUACCAAGAACAUUCACCUGCACGCCACCUUCCCCCCGUCUGUCAUCUCACUGUACAACAAACAGCCCUCAAACAAUGUUCCCCUGCCUCUCUUCUUCCUGGUGGUGACAUCUCUGCUUCCUGGAGCACCAGGACUCAAUGGAGGUUUCUGGAAAUGCUAAGCUCCCUGCUAUACUUAGAUUAGCUGUAGCACCUACAUUGUAACUGGACUGUAAGCACUGUUUUGAGGGAAGGAACAGGCCUGUUCUAUAUUGCCUUAAGUCAGUCAAGGUCUGUAGGGGACAGGUUCUUCUACAUACAGGGAUUUGUCCUAAGUUUGCACAGUCAUUUGUGGCCGCAAAAGGCAGGAGAGGGAUUUGUUUUUGUUUCAAGUUGUGUGAGAAUGUGGACUUAAGGCACGGAGUACCACACUUCAGCUCUGUUGUGUUAACUUUGUAAAGCUGGAUGGACCAAAUUUUCACUUACCAAGCACCAAGUGUGAAUAUGACUUUCACGGUUCCUUCAUAAGACUAUAAUAAUUUCCGACACUUUGAUAGAAAAAAAUUCAAAGUUGUGCCUUUGAGCCUAUCCUAUAUUGUGUAUGUGUGGAAAUAAAAAUGUAUUGUACUUUUGGAAUUUUUUUUCGUAGGCAUCUUUUUUGUCAGAUAUGUAGCAAUUUGUGAAGUUUGUUUAGCAAUUAACAUAGGUUUUCUUUCUGUAUUAUAAAAUGCACCAAGCAAUUAUGGUGGACCUAUUACCCUAUGGGUAAGAAAUAAAUGGAAAUAUGACAUCGGAUGUUUUAGCAAUUGUUCUGUAAAUAAAAUCUUUGAUCACACCACUCAGUGUGAUAAUCAUGUCUACAGCUAAAAUGGAAAUAGUUUUAUCUGUACAGUUGUGCAAGAUAUGAAUGGUUUCACACUCAAAUAAAAAGUAUUGAGAUGA